CGUGUUCAAUUGCCUAAAAGACCCUAACCAACAAAAGCAAUGGCUCGUACCAAACAGACUGCUCGUAAAUCAACUGGAGGAAAGGCUCCUCGCAAGCAGCUGGCGACAAAGGCUGCUCGUAAAAGUGCUCCGGCUACUGGUGGAGUGAAGAAGCCUCAUCGUUAUCGUCCGGGAACAGUCGCUCUUCGUGAGAUCCGUCGUUACCAGAAGUCGACUGAGCUGUUGAUCCGCAAGCUCCCAUUCCAACGCCUGGUUCGUGAAAUCGCUCAAGAUUUCAAGACCGAUCUGCGUUUCCAGAGUUCAGCUGUUAUGGCCUUGCAGGAAGCCAGUGAAGCCUACCUGGUUGGCUUGUUCGAAGACACCAAUCUGUGCGCUAUCCACGCCAAGCGUGUCACCAUCAUGCCAAAAGACAUUCAGCUGGCUCGUCGUAUCCGUGGUGAACGUGCUUAAGGCUAUCAGCUUUCAUUGAAUCUCAUUAUCAAUAAUACC